GCUAUCCUGAGCAUGCCAAUGUCCCACCACAAUUAGGAAAUGAACCAGAAAACUUGCCCAAAAAAACUUCUCAACAAAUGCCAAGUACUUCAGUAAGUCAGUCAGAACAAACCACAAUUCUAUUACUUGAGCUAAGUUGUCAUACGGUGUAAAUGAAUAACAAACGUCGCCAAAUCAAACAUGAUGUCACAUACAGAUUGUUAUUUAUUGGCAUUUUUAGAAGAAAGUUUUCAUUCUCUGGCUACAGCACAAGGUUAGACCCAGAAAAACUCACCAUGCUGAGACUUGUUGGCUUGAUGCUUCUGAUUGUGUGGCUCUUGUCGCUUCCUUCAGAAGCAUGGUCAGGAAUCAGCAGGCCUUCCGCAGAUGACCCUGAAAACAUACGGGAGAGGUAUGAAAACUGGCUAGCAAGGCAUGGUCGAACAUACAAGGGUGAAGAUGAAUGGCAAUUACGAUUCAAAAUUUACAAAGCCAAUGUUCAGUUCAUCGACUACAUAAAUUCACAAAACUACUCAUUCAAGCUCACAGACAACCAAUUUGCAGACAUGACCAGUGAAGAGUUCAAGUCUAUCUACUUGGGUUUUCGGACUAAGCAUCAUCAUUCAACAAAGAAACAGAGUGUUGAGAAAGGUACUGAUUUGCCCGCCACUGUUGAUUGGAGAAACAAUGGCGCUGUCACUCCAAUCAAGAAUCAAGGCAACUGUGGAAGUUGCUGGGCAUUCUCGGCAGUGGCAACAGUCGAAGCUAUAACCAAAAUUAAGACAGGAAAAUUGCUAUCUUUGUCGGAGCAAGAGCUUGUAGAUUGUGAUGCUGUCCAAGGCAACCAAGGCUGUCAAGGAGGAUAUAUGGAGAAAGCAUUUGAGUUCAUCAAAAGAAAUGGAGGGCUUACCACUGAAGAUAAUUACCCGUACAAAGGAACUAAUGAUGCCUGCAACCAAAUAGAAAAUGAAGAUCAUGCUGCAACAAUAACUGGUUACGAAAAGGUGCCUGCAAAUGAUGAGAAAAGCCUUCAAGCUGCAGUUGCCCAGCAACCUGUCUCUGUUGCAAUUGAUGCUGCUAGCCCUGAAUUUAUGUUAUAUGCAGGAGGUGUCUUCAAUGGUCAUUGUGGAAAUCAGCUCAAUCAUGGAGUUGCGGCAGUUGGCUAUGGGGAGGAUAAUGGUGAAAAGUACUGGCUUGUAAAGAAUUCAUGGGGCACAGCCUGGGGUGAAUCUGGCUAUGUAAGAAUGCUGCGUGAUUUCAACGAUACAAGAGGCAUAUGUGGCAUUGCGAUGUUGCCCAGCUAUCCUGUUAAGGCUUCAAACAUCUCCUUGGUGUUCCAGUUGUAGGACGGCAAGUAUCAGGUCACAAAAUUCUGUCUUAUUUAUAAGUGAAAUAUCUAAAUAUUUAUAGUAUAAAAUUACAAAUGUUUUCUAAUAUGAGAUAAACUUGGAAAUACCUGACAACGACACAGGAAAGACUGAAGAUUUAUGGAAUCUGGAUCAGAAAACCAUUUUCUCUUAUAACAACUAAGAAAGCCUCAGACCAAAAAAAAAAAAAAACACAACUAAGAAAGCCUUAAAGACAAAUAAGAAAAAGAAUUCUAGCAUUGAAUUUCAAAGAUGAUAAUAGCAAAACCUCCUCCUGGGAUGAAAAGCUGAUAUGUUACAUGUGCUACAAUCACCAAAAAAAGAAAGAAAUAUAGAUAACGGACUUCACUAUUGAAGCUUUGGCAGUCAUCACUACGAAAACAAACAAUUGGAAGCCGUCAAAUUGAAAUAAGCCCCAUGUACAUAUCACAAUUCAGUACUGCAAUACCCAUCACACAUCCAAGUGUAGCAUUACUU